UGGAUUUGUAUUAACCCGCCAUGCAUGCGUCACUCGGGUCCCUGGACAAUAAAGCUGGUACAAUUGUUGUCACCGGCGCAGUGUUUGGUUUCAGCUGGUCUCACAGUCCUGAACGUGGCCAUCACGGUUGUGACAUCAACAGCGCCUCAUCCGGUUACAGCACGCACGAGGACACAGAGACAGAGCGCGAGGGCACAAUAUGGGGGAGUGAUGGCGGCGACAGAUUGCUACAUUGUGCACGAGAUCUACAAUGGGGAGAAUGCGCAGGACCAGUUUGAGUAUGAGCUGGAGCAGGCACUGGAGGCCCAGUAUAAAUACAUUGUUAUUGAGCCCACACGCAUCGGAGAUGAGACGGCCCGAUGGAUUACCGUGGGCAACUGCCUGCACAAGACGGCCGUGUUGUCAGGCGCUGCUUGCCUCCUGACGCCACUUUCACUGCCUCCUGAAUACUCGCGCUACGUGGCGUUGCCCGCUGGCGCCCUCAGUGUGGCCUGUGCUGCCCUCUACGGGAUUUCAUGGCAAUUUGACCCCUGCUGCAAGUACCAGGUGGAAUAUGACAGCCAAAAACUCUCACGGCUGCCCCUGCACACACUGACCUCCUCGACGCCCGUGGUAUUGGUACGCAGGGAUGACGUCCACAGAAAGAGACUCCAUAAUACGAUAGCACUGGCUGCCCUGGCGUAUUGCGCCAAGAAGAUCUACGAACUCUAUGUGGUAUGAGUGCACUCUGAAGAGGGUUUAAGAACCAACAGGAAAAAGGAAAAAGAAAAAAAAAAAAAACAGAACCUAUCUACCCCCAAAUGUAAGAAAAGUGGAAGUCACGAUCAGGCCCAGCAGUUAGCUUCACACGCGUGGUGGGUGCUUCCAUUUUGAACUUUGAUCAGAGGGAUAUAGUUAAAACUAGAAGGAAUUGUUUUUUCCCCCCUUACAUUUCCUUUACUUCAAUGUGACAACAACAGCACACUUUUCUCCGUAGUACCCUUGUGCCUCCUCCCCUGCGCCCUCCACCUGCAUUCUUGACACACAACAAGCUAGCGCACAAGGGUACGGCAGCAGUUCCUCCGGACUGAAUUGUAUUGCAGUUGAAACGGACAGACGUGUUUUGAGUACCAAGCUCUCCCCCCCCCCAUUCCCUUCGUAGUUUUACUGUACCCCUUUCUUGCUGAUCAGUACAUCACCCUUUCAUUAAACAUUAGGAUAUUUCAAACUCACUUUUCUGUAUUUUAUUUUACUUUUUUUCAUUAAAUGGAUUCUACAUGAUGUCCAGAAAAGAGCAAAUAGCUGCAACUUAUUUGAGAUUGUGUCUUGUUCAUGUAGAUUUUCUUGUUUAAAAGAGUGCAGGUCAGAUAUCAUGUGACAAUGCUGUGGCUCAAUGUCCUCUUUUGAAACACUACGAAAAUACUAACUUUUGGAAAGUCAUAAUUCACACAUGCUCCUAAUAAUGUAUAUUACAUUGAAAUCAAGCCAAACCCUCAUAAUUGGAACUUAAAUAUAGAUAUAAUUACAUUUUACACAUAUAUAUAUAUAUAUAUACACAGGAAAUUCUAAAUUCAUACUUUCUUAAAUAUGUUUAUGCAAUAGUGUUGUCUAUAUCACCACUUUUAAAAUCUGGUGUCCCAGGAGGAGUAACUGUGAGAUGAGCAACAAUAAGUUGAGUAAAGGAAUGAGUUGUGAUACAGUAUUACAAAGAGACUUGCCACAGUUGAGUAAUAAGGUGGAAUACAGAUGUGAAUUUGUUGAAUUAAGAGUCACAGUAAUCACAUUAUGGUCAAUGAUUUAAAAGUAAAUCUUAUUUAAAUGACUUUCCACAAACACUUUUAUUUCUUUGACAGCAGGAGAAUUAGGAUAUAAAAACCUUUUAUGGUACAUAUGUUCACGAAGAGUUUCCUGAAGAGAAUUUCAUGUACAUCCCUGAAAAUCUCCAUUAAACAAUGUAUCAGAAAUGAA